GAGAAUACAAGUUCACAAGCCCCAUAUCUGAAAAACACCAGAGAGAGGGAGACACGCAGAAAGACAGAUAAAGAGAAGGUGAGACAUUCAGCCGUGAGCACUGUCAAACUCAAGAUAACUACCACAAACUUUACCAAAGUUUCAGUGAGUGGACAUCAGCCAAAUAAACAAGACAACCAACUACAAAACAACCUGCUGCAGACGGCCUGGCAGGCUUAUGCAGGCACCUUAACUGUUGGACAAUAUACUCAGACUGCAGUCAUGGACAAUUUCACUGAUGUCCCUACACUUGGGCCAGUAGACACAACUAGCAAGAUUCAUAAAAGGACAUCAAACAAUGAUACCUACAUGGCUCGUGAAAUGUUUGAAUCUGUGGAUGGCAUUUUGUUGGGAGUCUCAGUAGUAGCCGUUGUUGUGGUGUUACUGCUAUUGUUGGUGGUGGUUCUGCGGUAUAUAGCUCAUCAGAAGGGCACCUACAACACCCAUGAAGAGGCUUUAGCACUCAAGAGUGACCCAGAGGUACAGGAGGUCCAGAACGUGCCAGAGGAAUCAGAAGAAGAGGAGCAGUAGUAUCUUCUGUUGAGAUGCGCUGGGGGACGUUUCCUGUCCAAAGUGUAUAACUGCAAAAAAAGGAUCCACUGUGGUUCUUCCUCUUCGCUUUUAAAUCACAUAUGUCAUUUCCAACAGAUGUCCUUUUCUGACUUUAAACCCAAUCACUCCAAAACUGAAAGAGAUUCCAGUGCAGAGAUGCACACUUCCAACAUAUUUUACUUUCCUGCCUCAUAGAAUACUCAAAUGUGAACAAAGUGAAAUGUUUUUUUUAAAGGGAUAGUUCAACCAAAAAUUUAAAAUCUUCAUCAUUUAGUCAUUUACUUGUCCUCCUUGUAUUUUUCAUACAAUAAAAAUGAAUGGUGACUGAGGCUAACAUUCUGCUUAACAUCUCCUUUUGGGUUUGGAACAACAUUAGGGUGAGUAAAUGAUAAUGGAAUUUUCAGUUUUGGGUGAAUUAUCCAUUUAAUAUACUGUAACUUUCACCUUGGUCAAAUAUUAAAUUGUUGUUGUUGAUUUUUUUAGUUUUUUGCCCUUUUUUAAAAACAAUAAAAAAUAUGUGUUUCGGAAUGUGAUGUAUUUUUAUACCUUGUAACCUUUUUACCAAAUUGUACAUGGUUUGUUUACAGCUAAAGUCUAUUAGAUAUUUUCAAGUGCAAGUUUGUGCUCUGCAAUAAUGUAAAUUAGCACGUAUAAUAUUAUAUAUUAUAUGCAGUAUAUAUUUUCUUUUCAGCUUUAACUUUGAAAAGUGACACAUGGUAAAUAAUCUGUCAAAAAAAAAGUUUUGCAUGCUUUUACUGACAAUCGCUUGAAACAGACAUAAAUAGAAUUACAUUAUAACACGAUGGAAUGUUUAUAUAUACAUAUAGUCUUGAACUACUGUGGAAAUGUAAUUAAAAGUUUGCUUGACAAUUUUUCUGUAAUAGGGGAAGCUCUUUAACUAUUUGACAUUCUUGAAAAAUCACAUCUCCACCAUGUGAGUCAAACUUAUGUCUUGUACAGUAAUAGGAAUAAUGCCACUACAAGAAAUCAACAUGCCACAUGUUUGCUCAAAAUUUGCAUAUAUAACCCAAUUAAGUUUGUGUGUGAUUGUACAGUACAUUGAGUGCUAACGUUAAACAGGCUCACUAAAUCUAUAGAUCUUCAAAGUUUUCAGCUUCUCGUUAUGACAAAUCCAUUUAAUUAAAAAUGAGAAUUACUUAAAAUAACAUCCACACAUGCACAGCUCUGAUCACAGCCUGAUAUUUACAUAGUUUGAACAACCUUAUUUGCAAAGAUGCAUACAUAACACUUAAAUACAUUUUUGGGCACAAAUAAAAAUUAAAUUAUUAUUUACUCAUCCUCAUGUUGCACCAAAGCCAUAUGCUGGUAUUUAUUUAAUGGAACAAAAGUUGGAAUUUUAGAAGAAUAUUACGCAACUCUCAUAAAACGACAUUUCAAACUGAUCACAUCUGACCAAUGGCGUAAUGUCUCAUUACAACACAUUACAAGGUGCAUAAUAACAGUUCAAAUGAAUGCACAGAUAAAUAGAAAAUUAUAUUCAUUGCAUACUCUUAAAUAUAUAUACACUGUGUAUCAUAUCAAGCAUUCAGAAAAAAGCAUAUAAGAUUAACACUUUCAGAAAAUUCUUACCUGCUCGUCUGUUUUAAUCACCCUGAAAAAAACAACUGAUCAUUUUUAUUUUCAUUAUAACAUCUUUUAGGUCUCUACAUAUGAAUCAUGUAACCAUGUAAUCAGUUUUCUAAAUUCACAAGAAAGUUUUGUGUGGGUAACAUACCUACAGAUCGAAAUUACACAUGUUGUCAGCCACUGACUGUGUCUUGUGAGACAAAGUUUUAUUCCUGCAGGGGGCGCUUGAUGCUCUGAAAAUCGAAUCUUUCAUGUAUCUGCAUUUAAAUCUCAGAAUGUUUUAUAUCCCUUUGAAGACAUUUUACACUGGAUAGUUAUUUUUAAUAAAAAACAUAUCAUUCCAAGGAUUCAUGCCUG